UUAAGCAAAUGUAAUGUUGUUGAUUAUGUUUUUCAGUGUCCGGUAUUUAACAAAAGUCUGAAUGGUGGGAAUCUUGUUCAGUUUUAAUCCAAUGUAUUAUCGUUUUAAGCAGAAUUCAUAUAAUUGAUUGUACUGGGAAAAUGAGGAAAAGAAACAUUGUGUCUUUGUUGUCUAAAUGCCUUGACUUUUAUGUACUUUUGCCUUUAAUGUUUAAACUGCGGCCUACUUGUCUAAUCUACAGUACAGCACACUUGUUCUAUAAAACUUACUAAGUGAAUGUAUUUUAAACAUUUUGCUUUAUCAAUUUUUUAAUACAUUUAAUAAAUUGUAAUUAUUUUUCCUUAAAUGGUGUGUUUGUAAAUUUGAUGCUUGCAAUUUACAUUUGAGGCAGCUGAUACAGACAUGAUCUGUAAGUCACACAUGCUGUUUUUUCCUGAAGUUUCCUCUAUCGUGCAGCACUACCGGCUUUAAGACCUGCUCUCUUUCAAUUAUGGUUCAGUUAUCUCUGAUGUAGCCUAAAGAUAAAUGAGAAGCAACAGUGGCAGGAAAUAAGCAUUUCUGUUCAGAUAGCCUAAGUCACUAACUGAAAACAGUUUGUCUGAGUUGCAGCCAAAUAAGUCAAAUUGUAAUUUAUUGAAAAUGUCUGCAGUUGAGAGUUUGAGAACGUCAAUAAAUGAUCGACUAAAUGCUGCUGUGGAGGAAAUAUUAGGAGUUUGUGAGCAGACUAUAGUUGUGUACGAGGAGAAGCUUGACCGUCAACGCAGACUGCUGGAUAUCCUUCUGAAGCCUCGGAUGAAGCUACAGAGGACAGAGCUCCCACAGCAACAUGCCUCUAAGGAGAAGGAGGAGGAUGAAGUCCUCGCUGACCAGCAGAUCUGUAAUCAGGAGAGGAACUCCAGUCUGCGCCAAGAGUCUCCACAGAUCAAAGAGGAACAGGAGGAAGUCUGCACCAGUCAGGAAGGAAAGCAGCUGGUAGUGAAGCAGGAGGGAGAUCAGAUUCUGAAGCAGGAGAGCACAGCAGAGGAAUAUCCUGUUGACAAAAUCCGUAUUGAAUGGGUAAGAUCAGAUUCUGACAGGCCAAAGUCUGGAAUAUCAGAACCAAAGAGUAACCGUCAGCUCCUCCCUGACACCUUCCAUGUAGCUGGUAACCAAAAUCCCAGGAGAGAAAACCAUGUAAAUGAAACACCAAUGACAAAUACUGCGCCAAAACCAAAAAAGAAAUGUAAUGCAGAGAACACAUUAAUUUCAAAUAUUGAGCUAAAACCAAAGAAAUCUGGCAACACAUCUCCAAAUACUAAGCCUGAACCGAAGAAGAAGUCUGGGAAGAUUCUGUAAAACCAAAAGAGAACACUGGAAAAAAAUCAACGACAAAUACUAAACCAAAAACAUCAGCUGAUACUACUGAGCCCGAGCCAAACCAAAAACCAAACCUUACAAGUGCGAUGACUGCAGUAAACCCUUUUCUUACUUGAAAAACCUGAAA